GAUGGACUCACUGAAACGAGGUUUCAGUCGACUGGCUCCGAGCCAUUCCCGUCAAUUUUACUUCACAGUGUGAUCAAGCCCAAAUGUUAUGCAGCGUGGAGCCCCUUUCCUUCACAUUUCAAAAAAUUGUCUCCAUUGCUAAUGCAUGCAAACUUGCAAUAAGCCAAUAACUCGGUCUCCCCACAAGAAGAGAAGCAGUGUGAACAGUAGAACCCACAGUUGUAUAUUUGAAACAGAAAUACGUAGGAAACAAGGCCAAAAGUCAAGAGGAGGCAUGGCGAGAUGAGAUCCACGUAAAGAAAGCGAGGAGGCUCGGAACCGCGAGCCACGAGAAAGAGCUCCCCUCCCGCAGCGGCGCCAAGUCAUCAUCCCUUUGCAUGCUUGGUGGCCCGUUCCUUGUCCACUUUCGACUUUGCAAGAUUUCCAAGCUUUCCCUGACAAAACUGUGGCUGCUUGACAUGCCGGAGCCGGACUGCAGCCCGCAGCGCGCGCACACGCCCUUUUGCCGGCUUUUAGGCCUCCCAAAAGCCCUCCCUAUUUCGGCACGCGCCCCAUCCCUCCUCACUCUCACCAGUGUCUUUCAGCAACUCUCCCUCUCUCUCUGCCCCACCCAUGGAAACGGCCGAGGUGCAGGAGAGGCAGCAUGCCUGGCGGUGGCCUCUGGGCGCCAUGGCCUGCAGCAGCGGCAGGUGUUGCCUUCAGCUCGAGUGGGAUCCGCAGCUGAUCAGGUACUUCGGCGGCCUAGGCGUGCUGGGCGUCGCCGGCGGCGGCAAUCCUGACGAUCAUGGUGCCAUCGAGCACGAGCUUGGGCUCUUCUUCCCCAAGUGCAUGGAGUGGCAGGGUUCUUCAGAGCCGCCGCGGGAGGACGUGAUGGAGUGGUCCGAGGAGCAGUUGGAAGAACUGAUCCGAAAUUUCCCGAUCCUAGACGAGGAUCUGGUAGGCUUCGAUCCCAGCUGCAUUCUCGAGGAUACAAGCACCGCUGCUGAUGCUUCUUUCCUGUGCAAGAAUUCGAAUGCAGGGGCUGAUGAUCUUCUGGCCCCGAGCUCUGCCACACCGGUGGAGCCGCCCACAUUGCCGGUGGCGCAGCGGGGGCAGCCUCCCCUCAGCCCGCCCUCGUCCAAUCGCCACAGCGACCAACAGCGCCAGAUCACUCGCGCCAACUGUUCGGCCAAACGCUCGGCGACACAAGAAGAAAAGCAGGAUGGAGGGAGCGGCAAGAGGAGCAGGAAGGCAGGGCCGACGGUGGUGCGCCCGUUCUCGGUGGUGAAGCCCGGCCCCCGCGGGGUGGACGGCGUCGAGACGCUGGCCGACAUCAACGAGCGGAUCCUGACGCCAUCGGCGAGGCCCGUCCGGCACCCCGUGGGGGAGUUCGCGAGCGCCCCGCGCGCGUCGGCGGGCGGCGACCGCCCGGCCCCGUCCGGCAAGGCAGUCACCAGUUUUACCAGGCUGCACACCGCCGGGAAGGGCACGAUCACCGUCAUAAGGUCAUCCGGAUAAGCAUCCGACUGUGUGUGCGAUGAGCAUCAUAAGUUCGUCUUGCUGGAUCAUGUUACAUGCGGCCUUGCUCAUGUGUAGAUUAAAUAAGUAAUAAUGACCAAUGAUCAAUCGUACUGUGAAAUAAAAUGCAUGGCGCGAGGCUGUAUGAACUGAGAGACCGAUGUGCGCAUGCGAUUCUCGAUGGGAAUUGGCAAAGGACGAGGAAUUUGAA